UGUAAUUAUGAAAUUAUUAGAAAAAGAUCCACAUAAUAGAUAUUGGGAUUGUUACACCCUAAUUAAUGAUUUAAUCAAGAUAAAAAAUGAUUAUGUUGAUUUAUCUUUGAAAGCUAAUGAUCAAAUUUCAAAAAUUGAACCCUUGGCUAAAUUCUUAAUCAAAGAAACUCUUCAUUUCCCUGAAAAAAUUGGGUUGCCGCCAACUUUUAUAACUCCAAAUACUAUUUUUGGUAGAACACAUAUCUAUCGUGAUUUUUUGAAAACUUAUGAAUCAAUGAGCCAAGGUAUGAGUUGGUUGAUGAUUGAUGGGAACGUUGGUGUUGGUAAAUCAACAGUCUUGGAAGAUUUAAAAUCUAGCGCUAUUUCGAAAUAUGAUUUCUAUGUCUUGUGGAAGUUUUCAGGUGACGAUCAAAACGUUUCUCUUUAUUCUUGUUUCUUGAAUGGUAUGAGAGAUAUUAUUAAGCAAAUUUUAUCCUCAUCUAUUGAAAAUAUUGCAAAAUGGAGAGAUAUCUUAACUUCUAAAAUUAAAUUGGACUUGAGUAUUUUAUUCAAAACAAUUCCCGAAUUAAAAGUUUUAUUGGGUCCAAAAUAUACUAGCAUUCAUCAAAAUAGAAGGGAGAGGAGAAAUACUUCUGAAAAUCAUCAAGAAAUCGAAGAUCAGGCAGGCGUCAUUGAUUUGGAAAAAGUUAAAGAUGAUGAAAUAGCGAAAAAUUUGAAAAAAAUCGAUUUGGAAUUGAAUGAAGACCAAAAAGCUGAAGUUGAAUUGUAUUAUGGUGGCUCAGCUGGUGUCGAUGAUCAAUUAAUCAAUUUAGAAAUUAAGUUUAGAUACAUCUUGAAAGCUUUUUAUGGUUUGGUUUGUUCUCAAGGAUUGACUGUUCUUUGGGAUGAUAUUCAAUGGUGCUCUGAAAAAGAAUGGGGUAUGUUGAAUGAGAUCAUGGAGUUCUUCAAAGUAAACGAGCUAAAACUUUCAUUGAAAUUUAUCGCUGUUUAUGGAUAUGAUGUUAAUGGUAAUUUUGAAGAAAAUACUGUUACCGAUAUACAAGAUAUUAAAGACUCGCUUAAACGAAAUAAUAUUCCACUUUAUGAAUAUACUUUGGACCCUCUCAAUAAAGAGGAAUUAUCAAAUUAUAUACAGACAUGCUUUACUUUCAGUCUGGCUCCUGAAUCAGAUAUUGAUAAAACUAGUAUGGGCUCAAUGAUUGUAAAAGAUUCCGUUAACGAGAUACCUUUUAUCGGUCGUCAUGUUGCAAAUGAUUUCUCGAAUAAUAUUAAAGAUGAAGAAAUCGAAGCCUUGACUCCCAACUUGUAUGAAGAUUGCGGAGGGAGUGUUCUCAAUUUAAAAUACUUAAUACGUGGUUAUUAUUUAUCUGGUGAAUUGGUUUAUGUUAAUAGGGUAAACGGAAAUAAUGUAUUUUAUAAACUCAUCAAAACAAAAAGUUUAGAACGAGUCAACAAAGAAGACGCUAUCAAUUUUUACCUCACCAAAGCUUUGUCUGAAGAAGCAAGGUGGCUAUUAAAAUUUGCUGCUUUGGUGUAUGUCGGUGAUCAUUUUACCUUAUCAGAUUUAAUGAUUGUUACAAAGCUUCCCAUGAGAAAAAUUUAUGAAUUACUUAACUUAUGUAUGGAAACUAAAAUAAUUGUUCCUAAUAGCACAUAUUACAAGUUGCCAUUUCAUAUCAUUUCAACUAGUGAAUUUCCUUUUGAUAUAACUGAUUCUUUGAUUUGGGAAUUGGCCUCAGAAACUCGUUAUCGAUUUUACCAUGGGUCGAUUCAGCUGCAAUUACUAAAAGAAAUGGCCGAUGAUAAUGAUCUACAUGAAUACCAUCGCUUGUGUGGUUUAGGAUUGUACGGAAGAAUAAAGAAACAACCUCAUACAAGUGUUUCAAAGUUCUUGAUUAUGGCCACUCAUCUUCUCAAAUCGCUAUCGAUUGCGAAAAAGGAUGAACACGAAACUUAUGUGGAAGCCCUUAUAGAUGCCGCAAGAUAUGCUGCAUCUACAUACAAUUUAGAGAGUUCUUUGAACUUUUUCAAAGGAGCUGAAAAUCUUAUACCAGAAUCCGAUAGAAAAGGCAAGUUGAAGAGCACUCUAACCAUUUGUCAAAUUAAUUUCUAUUUGAAGAAUUUCGACGAAUGCUUAAGAAUGAUUUCACAGGCUGAGAAAAAGUUUGGUUUUGAUGAAACAAUGUUUUUAAUUACCAGAGUUCGCUGUUUAUUUCAAUUAAAAAGAUUUAAACAAGGUUUGAAAUACGCAAUUAGGGGUUUGAGAAAACUAGGAGUCGAUGUUCAUACUAAUCCUGAAAAGUGUAAGGUUAUCUCGGACCGUUUACUUCAUAGACUUCCAUUGUCGGUUCCGGAAAUUCGAAAGAUGAAAUACUUGCCCAAAACUACUAACCCCAAGAUUUUAAUGAUCUAUGAAUUGAUAUCUGAUAUCAUAGCACCCUCUUAUAUGUGCCAUAUGGAUAGUUUGAGAAAAGCAUUGGUUACUCAAAUGACCAUUUUAAUGCACACUUAUGGUGUUUCAUCAUAUUGCACAAUGGGGUUAAUUGAAUUUGCCAACAUUUUCCUCGAUUCCGAUACAGAAGCAGGUAUGAUGAAAUCAAUGGAAUUAUGUAAGUUAGCUUUAUCUUUAGUUGAUAAUGAUCUGGGUGUGUCUUCUACAGUUUCUCAAAAUGUUUAUGAAGUUUAUGUUGCUUCGAUGGCUGCAUUCACUGAACCUAUGUCGGAUAUUUUAAGGUAUUACACUGUUUUCCUUUCCAGCUCUAAAGCUGCUGGCAGAGUUGAUUUUAGUUCAAUGUCAACUGUUCUUGAUUGCUCGAAACUCCAUUUAUUGUUCUGGACUGGUCAACCAUAUAAUGUCAUGUUGAAACAAGGAUCUUAUCAAAUCAUUGGUCCUGAUAAAGAAGGGGGUCAUAAGCUACAAUGGGAUGUGUUUAGAUUAGCACAUGGAUCGCUUACGUUAGAAGAUUAUAAAGCUAAGCAUUCCAAAUUCAGAAAUUCCAGUAGAGAUUUUGAGUUUUGUUAUUUAGUUGGUAUCGUUUAUUGGUACUGUGCACAUGGUUUGUAUGAUGAAGCUACUAAAGUAAUUUUAGAAAAAGCAUAUCCAACACUGAAUAAGCUUCCCAUAACCAUUAUGCAUUUUGAGUUUUAUUACCAGUGUGCAAUUGCAUUGACUAGAAAUCAUGGAACUAUGCGUCAAGCUGGUUUUGAAGUUGCAAAAGAAAUUGCAAAAAAAUUUCAGUUAUGGGACGAAUUUUCCCCUGCAAACUUUCAUGCUAAGAACUUGAUCAUCAAAGCUUCUUUAAAUACCAUUAACAGAUCAGUUUCUCCACUUGAUACUCUAGAUCUAUAUGAAGAAGCUAUUGAAAGAGCUAGGGAAUAUAACUACUGGCAUGACGUUGCUCAUGCUCACUUACUCUGUGCCACUUGGUUAAUAAGUACUAAUCAGAGUAACAAUAGGGCUCAGUUCCAUGCUAAAAAUGCUCUUCAUUUGUAUAAAAGGCUUGAUGCGGAGGUCAUGGUUGCGAGGAUCAACAAGCAAUGUGGUGAGUUCUUCGAGGAUUACAAUUGGGCAGGCGUGGAAGCAAUUAGAACAAACGACUUUCCACCCACUCCAAGUCAAGGGGCUGGCCCUGCUCCUCUCAGAAGUAUUCUUAAAAACUUCUUUGGUGAUGACAUAAACGAAGAAUUUCCUGGAAAACUAAGCAGAAGAAGUAGAUUAUUAGGAUCUAUUUCGUCGUCAAAUCGUACGAAGGUACAUGAAAACAAAACUGAUGAAGUAAAUAAACAAAAAUCUGCAGAUUCUUAUGAAGUGGAUACGGAAGACGACCCUCGAGAAAAUGUAAUGAAUGACUUGACAAAAGCUAUAAAAGCUUGUUUAACAAUUUCUGAGUGUUCUAACAACGAAACGAUUGUUUUAAGUUUACUAGAAAGUACAAUUUUAUUCUCAGAGGUUGAUUACGGGGUCGUGAUCAUAAAUUCCAAUAAUGAACCGACUAUCCAAGCCAUAGGGUCGCCUAAUAAUGUGUAUAAAUUGGAAAAUGAACCACUUAGCUCAAGAACUGAUUUAUGUCCGUUUUCAUUAAUAAUCCAUAGUCUACAUACUGGUGAAAUAACUAGUAAAGAUGAGGACCCAGUAUAUUUUGAUAACAGGUUUGGUAAAGAUGACUAUUAUACCCAUAAUAAGUGUUUUGCAAUGAUAUGUAUUCCAUUGAGAACACAGUCUGGUAUUUUUGGAGCUGUUUAUUUGGAAAAUCAAAUGAACACAUCCAAUGCUUCUUUACCAUUUUUCAAUAGCAGAAAGAAAGAUUUGCUUGAUUUGUUAUGUUCACAAGCUGCUGUUUCUUUAGAUAAAGCCAUCUUAUAUUCACAAAUGGAAGUUGCUAAACGUGCUGCUGAAGAUGCUACCGCCGAAAAGGCUAGUUUCCUUGCAAACAUGUCCCACGAAAUCCGUACUCCUUUCAAUUCUUUAUUAUCAUGUUCUCUUUUCUUAUUAGAUACUGAGCUAACAAGAACUCAAAGGGAAUAUGUUGAGACAAUCAAAAGUUCUGCAAUGGUUACUUUGAGUAUUAUCGAUGGUAUUUUGGCUUUUUCUAAAAUCGAACAUGGCUCGUUUACUUUGGAUAGUGCCCCAUUUUCAUUGAAUGAAUGCGUUGAGAGUGCUAUUCAAUUAGCCGGUGAACAAGCUGCUGCAAAUGAUAUAGAAUUAGUGUAUUUCAAUAGAUGUCAAUUCAUUGACACUAUUAUCGGAGAUGUUACUAGAUUUAGACAAAUUAUCAUUAACUUAGUUGGUAAUUCUGUUAAGUUUACCGCACAAGGUUAUAUUAUGGUUGAAUCUGUGGCCACUCAGAUAGCAGAAAAUCGUUAUCAAAUUCGAGUUUCGGUAAGGGAUACUGGUAUUGGUAUACCGGAUGAUGCUAAAUCUAAAGUUUUUGGUGCAUUUUCACAGGUUGAUGCCUCAUCCAUUAGAGUGUAUGGAGGAUCAGGUUUGGGAUUGGCUAUUUCUAAAAAACUAGCUGAUAUUAUGAAUGGUAGUUUAACAUUUGAGAGUAAAGAAGGUGAAGGAAGUACCUUUCAUUUCAUAUCUAGUGCUGAUGUAAAUUUAAGGAAGGAACCGGAAGUUGAAUUUGACGAAGAAGAAGCAACCAAAUUAGGAUUUAGUAACAAGGCUUUAAUUUUGGAUAAUCAUUCAUUAGGAAAAAUUGCAUUAAAAGAACUUUUAGAGUCAUAUGGGUUAAAAGUAGCUGAAAUCAGUACAAGUUCGGAAUUUUUUGAUUCCAAAGAAGUUUUCACCAUAAUUUUUGUUCAUCACAACUUAUUAGAUGAAUUCAAGCCUAUAUCUGAAAAAUUAGAUAAGAAUAAGUCAAGAGUUAUUCUAAUUGCCAAGUUUGGUAAAUCUUUACCAGCAGAUCUUGAAAAAUAUAAUAUUCAUUCUGUUUUAUUAUCACCAUUCCAUAGACUGAAGGUGAUUUCUUUAAUUCAGCAAUUGAAAAAAGAUAUGAAGGAUCCUACCAGGUAUUCGAAAGGUAUUGCAAUGGAGCAAACGGGGCUUCGUGAUAGUCCUAAACAAAAUUCUCCAGAUUCUUUAUAUAUUGCUGAUAAGUAUCCAUUAAGAAUAUUAUUAGCUGAAGAUAAUUUGAUUAAUAUUAAAGUUGCAUUACAACAUUUGAAGAAACUAGGAUAUAAUGCCGAUCAUGCCAAAGAUGGUAUUGAAGUGUUAGAAAAUUGUACGGCAUUACUUGAAAAGAAUGAAAAAUACGAUGUUAUUUUAAUGGAUAUUCAAAUGCCUCGUAAAGAUGGUAUUGCGGCUACAAUUGAAUUAAAAGAGAAGUUUAUUCAAGAAGGUAAAGCUGAUAUGUUACCAAGCAUUGUUGCUUUGACUGCUAAUGUUGCUGGUGAAGACCGAGAAAGAUCAUUAAAUUGUGGAAUGGUUGAUUUCAUAUCGAAACCAAUCUUACCCAAUGAAUUAAAGAGGGUUUUACAAAACUUAGGAGAGAAAAUCAAUGGAGAACAUGAUUGACCUGUUCAUUUAUACAAACAUAUUAAUAGACGA